AUGUCCGGCUCCGACACUGCCCGUCUGCUGGCCCAGGCCGCCGUGCCGGCCUUCAAGUGCCCCCCUGGCACCAAGAUGCACAUCCUCGACCUAGGGACGCUGGAGGCGGAUGAGGGGUGGCUCCUCCGCGGAGGUAACACCAGCACUCGCCAUGAAGCCAAUCCCCAGCACAAGCGCCGGAAGCUGAUCGUCCUGGCUGCCCUGAUCGAGCAUCCGGAUUUCGGCCUGAUCCUGUUCGAGACGGGCUGCGCGGAGAACAUCGAAGUUAAAUGGCCUGCCCCCGUCACCGACGUCUUCCCCCGCGUCGAGUACCGCGAGGACCAGAAGCUGCCGGCCGCCAUCAAGGCGACUGGGAACGACAUCAAGGACGUCAAAGCCGUCGUCAUCGGGCACCUGCAUCUCGACCACGCGGGCGGGCUGGAGCACUUCAUCGGCACGGACGUGCCCAUCUACGUGCACGAGGAGGAGUUCAAGCACGCAUGCUGGGCUGUGGCCACGGGGGCGGACCUGGGCGUGUAUCUGGCGCACUACAUGGACCUGGAGAAGCUGAAGUGGACGACGUUCAACGACGACCACUUCGACCUGGCGCAGGGCAUCACGCUGCACUACUCGCCGGGCCACACGCCGGGGCUGGUGGUCAUGCAGAUCAACCUCGAGAAGGACGGCACCUUCAUCUGGACGACGGACCAGUUCCACAUCAAGGAGAACUACGAGCUCAGCCACCCGCAUGGCUGGCUGGCGCGCGACCACAACGCCUGGAUCCGCAGUCUGAACAUGAUCCGCCGGCUGCAGCGGCUGUUCAACGCCAAGCUGGUGUUUGGGCAUGAUCUCGAGACGGCCAACGAGCUGCGGGCGGCGAAGAAGUAUUAUGAGUGA